AUGGCCGCCUCUAUGCAACGCCUCCUCUGGCGGCAAGCCAGCAGAGCCUCAUUCUCUUCCGUCUGUUCCUCUUCUUCCAUCGCUGGCCGAGUCCAAGCCCGCGCGUCCUUCGCUUCUUCCGCCCUUAGCAGAGCCACGACAGCAGCACCACGAACCCCUACAAAGAUCGCUACUACCGCAGCUCGGAGGGCCUACAGCACAGAACCCCCCAAGGGCUCCAACAACAGCAUCAAGUUCUGGCCCUUUGUUGUCAUUAUUGCCCUCGGAACUGGAGGUUACGCCAUGAUUGUAAACAGGAGAGCCGGUAUGUUUUCAGCCUUUGAGACUUCCCCUAUAUCAAGCUCGGAGGACCAGGGGGGAUGA